AUGCAGCCCUUCAGCAUCCCGGUCCAAAUCACACUGCAGGGUGGCCGGAGGCGCCAGGGGAGGCCAGCACUUGCAGCUUCCAGCAGAAGCGAUGGAGACCCGCUGAAGGUGCACCCGAAACUUCCAUCAAGCGCGGGAGAGGACCGUGCCACGCUGCUGGGCAUUGCCAUGAUGGCCUCCUCUGUGCCGAUGUUCUUCCUGUUGGGGACCACGGUGUUGAAGCCUUUCUUGCUCAGCUCUAACAGAGAGGAGUUCAAACGCAACCACCGUCCAACACCGCGCAUUGCAGAGGACUGGCUGGACUUCACCUUUACCUGUGAGGGCAGCUGCCAGGACCAGGGUGGGUAUCCCUGUCUGCAGGUGUUCGUAAAUCUCACCCACUCAGGCCAGAAAGUGCUUCUCCACUACGACGACGAGGCCGUCAGAAGCAACCCCAAGUGCUUUUACACGCCCAAGUGUCACCGAGACAGGAACGAUCUGCUCAACAGUGCCCGGGACAUCAAGGAAUUCUUCGAUCACAGAAAUGGAACUUUCACUUGCUUCUACAGUCCCGACGGCCAGAUGGGAGUUGUCCUGAGGAAGUCCGGCCACAAGGUUGUUUUUCAUUGCUUGCUUUGGCCUUUACUGACUUUGCUGGGUGGGGCCCUGAUUGUUGGCUUGGUGAGGCUGACACAGCAUCUCUCUCUUCGGUGUGACCAGUACAGCAACGGUGGCUGA